CCCUUCCUGCUACAGUUUGCGGAGUAAAAGUCACGUUGGUACUAGAGGAGAAGAGAGACCUAUCCUCUUACAGCCGCUGCCAGAUAUCUGAUCGCGUUUGCAUGGCGAACGGAAACCUGAUCGGCUAAAGACUGCCGAAACCAGGAGGAGUGACUUACCAGGAAGCAUUAAAAAAAUGUCUUCUUCCUCAAACGAAGUCAUAGUUGCAAAUGAGAUCAAGAAGGAAAAUGUUAAGGCAGAUAAACGGGAGACCAUCAAGCUGCUAGCGCUGGAUACUGCGGAGUUGUCUAUGGAGCAUGCAACUUCAGCUGCAGAUACGGUCCACACUGAACUUCUCGUGAGCGCUACCUCCUCACUGGCCUUUUCCCCCGAGCAAGUUGCGUGUGUAUGUGAGGCUCUGCAGCAGGGAGGCAAUGUGGAUCGUCUGGCCAGGUUUUUAUGGUCCUUACCACAGAGUGACUUACUACGUGGCAACGAAAGCAUCCUCAAAGCCCAAGCUCUUGUGGCUUUCCACCAGGCUCGGUAUCAGGAGCUGUACAGUAUCCUAGAGAACCACAGCUUCAGCCCGUCAAACCAUUCUUCUCUACAGGACCUAUGGUACAAGGCACGGUACACUGAGGCGGAGAAGGCUCGGGGGAGACCCCUGGGCGCUGUGGAUAAAUACCGUCUGCGUAGGAAAUAUCCCCUUCCCCGGACUAUCUGGGACGGUGAGGAGACGGUAUACUGCUUCAAAGAGAGGUCUCGAAACGCACUGAAGGAUCUUUACAAGCAGAAUAGGUACCCCUCUCCAGCCGAGAAGAGAAAUCUAGCUAAAAUCACCGGACUCUCCUUGACUCAAGUCAGCAACUGGUUUAAAAACAGGAGACAGAGGGAUAGGAAUCCUUCCGAAGCGCAGUCCAAGAGUGAAUCCGAUGGCAACCACAGCACGGAAGACGAGUCCAGCAAGGGCCAGGACGACCUCUCCCCGCGCCCUCUGUCCAACUCCUCAGACGGGAUGGCGGCCCACGGGGCCCUCCCCAUCACAGGCGCCCUGGACAGCGGCGUGGUCAUCCAGCAGAUCGGGGACAUCAAGAUGUCCUCCGCCUCUGGAGGCGGGGUGGUCUUCAACGGGAACCUGGUGACCACCAACCCUCCCACCAUCUUCCACAACGGCAGCUCCUACAUCCAGGCCCCCAGUAACAUCCUUUUCAACGGGCUCAACCUGGGUGCGCAGCCAUUGGCCUUCAACCCCUUGCGCCCCUCUUCUGACGGCCUGCUGGGGGGCUCCAACGGGGACACGUCGCUGCAGGCCGCCCAGGAGAAGGGGCUCAACGGCCUGGCAGCGAGCUCCCCCCUGCCCUACUCCUCCUUCGCCGGCGGCGUGAGCGGCGCUGAGGUGAAGCUGGAGGGGGUGCAGACUCUCGCCUCCCAGAGUGGGGGAUCCUCCGUUCUCACCUUCUCCACCUCCGCCGGGUCCCUGCAGCUCGGCAACUACAGCCUGGUGCAGGUGCCCAGCACCGAAAGCAACGGGGCGUCGCUGCUCAACAGCCUCCCCCCGCUGCAGCUGCCCCCCGCCUCCUCUCACGGUGGCGUGCCGUUGAGCAGCGUGGUGGUGAGCUCGCCGGGCGGCGACUCCUCCUUCUCCCUUCAGCAGCAGCCUCAGGACAAGCUGGUCCUGGCCCCCCUGCAGCCCAGCACGGUGCUCUACACCAUGGCCAACGCCGCCCAGCCCAUCAUCAAACAGGAGCCCGUGGAGGGGGAGAGCUACGCUUUCCCCCCGGGCCUGCACCUAGACCAGGGCGGCCAGCUCAGCUACUCGGCCGCCCCCUUGAACUCCAGCCGGGCCCUGCCCGCCAGCCAGGCCUCGGCGAUCUCCGUGGUGAGCUCGUCCAGCGCUGUGCCGGGACACUACACUACGCUCUCCGUCAGCUCCUCCCUAGGGGCCCAGACUGUUCAGACGCACCACCACUUGCUCCCGUCAGACUACAGUGACCAUAAUGCCCUGCCCCAUCACGCUCAUGUCCACUCGUCCACUCCCAGCCUGAAUGGCAACUUUCUGUCCAUCACGGAGGACAAGGCUGGCGCAGCUGGGAUGAGCGACAUGGUGAGGGUCAUGUGUGGUGAGAUGGAGGCCGAGGAGAAAGAGCUGGCCAAACUUCAGACCGUGCGAAUGGACGAGGACAUGGGUGACCUUUAACCUCUGCUCCCUCAUCUCUGUCCUUAGCAGCAAUGGGGUGUUGGGCAUUUGUAUUUUUUAAAAUUUUUAAUCUUUUUAUUUGAGUCCUUGAAGUGUUAACUUAUUUGCAAGUGUUCCAGUCAGUGAACAAAUCACACCUUGGAUGGUGCACUCUAACCAGUCAGAUUAGCUCAACAAACUCCUGCAACUGAAAGAAAACCUAUGGGAGCUGUCUUCAGAGAAAGAAAAUGGCUCAUGAUAAUAUUUUAUAAUAUGAAAUAUGUAGUAGUCGCAUGUAUUUCAAGCAGAUUGAAGUGUGCAUAAAGUCCCACCGUGUUGACACUUAGUGCGUCCUCUCUGGUCAGUCUGAUGAACAGGAGCAGGUGUUGAAUGGCCUCAGUCAUGUGACCAAGACAUCCUCCGACCAAUUCUGUCAUCAGCUGCCCCCAGAGGCCACCCAGUAAGGAGAUGUAUGCCAUUGAAAAAGUGUACGACAUUAAGCCUGCUAUGUUGAACAGAGAAGGAAUGACUGCACCACAGCGGUUUGUAUGUAGCAAUGUGAUAAAUAUGCAAAACAGUCUGUUAUGGAACAUCUCAAGGGUUAUACAGGCAGAGUCUCUCACUGUGACCCCCCCAGCAGUCAACAGUCAUUCUGUUGGAUGUCAUAGCGUGGAUUCCUACUUUGGAGACAGAAGCUGUCCAAAUGAGUUGUAUAAAAAUGAAAUGUGCCUUUCUGCCGACAAAAAAAAAAAAAAAAAAGUCAGAAUCUGUGGAACCCUGUCCCUGACUUGCACUAUAUCUGCCUUUGAGCGGAAGAAUGUAAUAGAAACAGAUGUUGUUCUCUGGACACGUGAAACUAAAAAAACAUCCGCAACAGCAGUGCUCUCAAUGCAACUGGUGAUACGUUUCCACCGUAGAGGAAAAAAGUCACUCCAGAAUAUUAUGCAGCUAGAGGAAAGAGGGAUAAGCAGCAUCACUCGAUCACAGCUGUCUGAUGGCAGUUGUAUGCAGCCCUCUUUGCAAUAUAUCGAGUCCGUUGAGUCCCGUCUUUCAUUACAAAGGGUCCGUGUGAAUUAUUAUUAUUAUUAUUAUUAUUAUUAUUAUUAUUAUUAUUUUGUACCAAGUCUGAGGCAAGCACAUAUGUAAAUACAUGUUUUUUUGCUUUUGUUAGGGAGGUACUGACGUGAGCGCGAUGAUGCGCUUUUCUUUUUCUCUUCUUUUUUGGCCGGAGGAGUAGCACAGUCCAGGGCCUCGGUCUGUAGGCGCAGUGUCUGGUCCUCUGUAUGUAGGCAGCGUCUGUUAUCAUGCAUUUUGUCAUGGGAAGGGCUCUCUCUUCUGUUGUUCUUUUGCAUGGUGAGUGUAGUCUGUGACAUCAGUAUGUCCUGCUUGUAUGUGCCCUCUGUCAUUUUUUUGUGUUCUGAAUAACGUACACUUCUGGGUGUGGCUAGUAACCUCUUGGCUGUACUUUUUUGGGUGAUGGUACAUUAGGCAUGAUGCAACACAUCAGACGUGCUUAAUCUUCUCAUACCAAAGAUGAGCUGUAUGCAUACGGUAAUACUAGGACUUUUGAGCUUGAACUGUCUGUUUAUAUUCUGAAAUGAUGUGAACUUAUUUUUCUAAAUCUCCAUACCCCAUUAAAACUUUAUAUUUAUACAUAUAGAAAAAAACAGUCAUGUCCUCCAUGUGCUUUUGUUACUCAGUGUUUGUUGCACUUGCCAGGAACAAUUUAGUCCAGGACUCUUACUUUUUGUUUUUACUCUUUGUAUGUAGUUUUAUUGGGUUUUUUUCUUCUUUUUUCGAGGAACUGUUCAGUGUUUCACAACUGCAGCCGGUUCUUUCAUUUACUUCUCUCAGUUGCGCUUGGAUUCUUUGAUAAGUCACUGAUGGAUAUGAAAUCUCUGCUCAGGAAGCACACUCCUCCUCUACAUUUGAAAAGCUUAAAGGCCAGAGCUCCAGGAAGAUAGGUUUAACAUGCGUGUACUGAUCCAACCAGCCUGCGCUGCAAUCUAGAAUUUGCGGU